AUUUCGAAGCUCAUGAAUAGGCAAUGGAAAUUCAAUCCGCAUUAGAUCUGAGCAAAAAUAUAGCUGAAAGUAGUUGGUAUUGGGAAACCUUUGCAGCAAUAGAGCUCAUAGGUCUUCUAAUUGCAUGAUGCAUUGAGAAAGUUGCAAGCUCUCAAUUAAGCAUCUUUGUUGUCUUUUGUAGGGAGAGUUAUAUGUGAUUUUAAUGCUCCCAUGAACCCUUAAUCCCAAAUAAUUAAGCUCAGUCCCAUGAAUUCUUUUCCUUUAUUGUGUAAGGUUUAGCUAAACACAUGCUUCCUAUAAGGUAUGCAUAAAGUGAUCCUUAUUUACUAUGAUACUGCUCCAAUUGUGCAUUUUAUAACAGUGCCAAAUCUAUUGCUGCUUAAGAGUAAUCAUGUGCUUUUAUUGUGAUAUGCCAUCGGAUAAUAUUGGUCUGCAGGUGUUCUUGUUUCAGUUCUGAGGAUCCUGACAAAAGCCAUAUAUCCCCAAGAUGAAGAUGGCCUGAGAAAAAGUGCUAAUCUUUAUUUUGCGAAUGGGAUUGUGGUUAUGGUCAUAUGUAUUAUCUUGUAUAACGUCGCAGAGACUUCCUGUUAUGAAGUAUUAUGAAAAGUUGAAGAUUCGGACCAGAAAUGAAGCGAAAGAGGAAAGAGGUCCUCUGACGGGGUCUGCUUGGAGAUCAAGCUUGUGGAUUAUAAUUGGUGCAGUCCAGUGGUGUGGCCUUGGGAUUGUUCUCAUAUGUAUAGUGACCUUGGCAGUAUUUCUCUUUUGUAUAAAUGAAAAGCAGUAAACUGCUAUUCAGACAAAUUGUGCUUUGAAAUUGAAGUAAUAAAAAAAACCAUGGCCA